AUGGCGUGGGCCAAUCAGGGCAUGCAGAACCUGAUUCCGCUCAUCAAUCGGAUGCAGGUGAGUUCGACAAUGUUAUUCUUGAGUUUAAACUAGAAUUUUGUGAAUUUUUUGGAGGAGCUUUGGAUGAUUAACUUUUAAAUUAGUUGGGUCAGAGUUUAAUACAACUUUUGUUAAAUUUUUGGUACAUGAAAACUGGUCCUUGCAGUUUAAUACUUGAAUUUUGCUAUGUUACACUCGGUUUCAUAGCUAUUUUUGAGGUUUUUAUAAAUUUCCGAGCAAUUAGACUCAUUAAUUUUUUUAAGCCAGUUAAAGCAGAUUCUCAAGCAAUUUUCUAAAUUUUUUUAAAAGUUUAAUGUUUUGUAAGUUUGGUACAGUUACCUAAAAUAAUAAAAGUUGAGUUUAGAUGAUGAAUUUAAAAUUUUAAAAUACGAGAUGGAAAAUUGGUAAAAUAUGCCGUAUUUUAGCAUUUUCUCACAUAAUUUAACGUUUUUGUGUUUUCAGGAUGCAUUUGCUCAAUUAGGAACAUCAUUGAACUUCGAUCUACCUCAAAUUGCUGUAGUUGGAGGCCAAAGUGCUGGUAAAUCGUCGGUAUUGGAAAACUUUGUUGGAAAGUGAGUGUUUGACUUUUGUUUUAAUUUUUAGGGACCUUGAACAGCAUUUAUUCAAAGUUAUGUUAAAUAACAUUGACCUACAGAGCUGUAGGAGGAUGAUGUUGGUAUAGAUUAACGAAAAAGACAGUUUUUGUUCAUUUUUACAUGGAAAACAAUAAAUUAAUAGCUGGUUUUGUUAAAACUUAUGUUUAUUGAUAAAUGAAAAUUUUACUUAUUGAAAAUUAAUUUUGGCUAAUCUUUCAGAGACUUUUUACCACGUGGAAGCGGCAUUGUAACCCGUAGGCCAUUGAUUCUUCAACUCAUCAAUGACCGAGCAGGUACACUUAUUUUAUUUAUUUUUUUUUGAGUUUUAGGUGGUUUAGUAGUCAGAAUUGACUGUAAAACAGCGCAGCUCGUAUUUUACAUAUCUUUUUUAAUAGUAAUUUAACUUUUUUUUGGAAUAUUGCGUAGGACUGUUGGUUAAUUGAUUACUGAUCACUAUAUUCCAGAAUACGCCGAGUUUUUGCACAAAAAGGGACACAAGUACGUUGAUUUCGAUCAUGUUCGCAAGGAGAUCGAAGACGAAACCGAUCGAAUCACCGGCGCCAACAAGGGCAUCUCUCCAGUGCCAAUCAACCUGCGAGUCUUCUCACCACAUGUACUCAACCUGACACUCAUCGAUUUGCCAGGUCUUACCAAAGUACCGGUAGGAGAUCAACCUCACGACAUUGAACAACAAAUCCGUGACAUGGUCUUGACCUACAUCGCUAGAGAGACCUGUUUGAUUUUGGCUGUAACGCCAGCUAACUCGGAUUUGGCCACUUCUGAUGCUUUGAAGUUGGCGAGGGAGACUGAUCCUCAGGGUUUGAGAACGAUCGGAGUAUUGACCAAACUAGAUCUCAUGGAUGAGGGCACUGAUGCUCGCGAGAUUUUGGAGAAUCGACUGUUCCCGUUGAGAAGGGGUAAGAUUUUUGAUGGUUUUUGAUAUUUUCGAUGAAGUAGGUGUUUUGUUACAAGUACAUACUAGUCUUCUACUCUCAAUUUCAGGCUACGUUGGAGUAAUUAACCGUUCCCAGAAGGACAUUGUCGGCCGUAAAGACAUCAAGGCUGCGUUGGACGCCGAGCGAAAGUUCUUCCUCUCUCAUCCCGGCUAUCGUCACAUGGCCGAUCGUCUCGGCACGCCAUACCUUCAGAAGACUCUUAAUCAACAGCUCACCAACCAUAUCAAGGAUACGCUGCCAGCAUUGAGAGACACCCUACAAAAGAAGCUGUACUCGAUGGAGAAGGAGGUGGCCGAGUACAGGAAUUUGGAUGCGAACGAUCCAGCACGCAAAACCAAGGCUUUAAUGCAAAUGAUUCAACAAUUCACGUUGGAUAUGGAAAGAAGUAUCUCCGGGUCGAGCACGGCCUCGGUUAAUACGAACGAGUUGAGUGGUGGUGCCAGAAUCAACCGCAUCUUCCAUGAAAGGUUUCCGUUUGAAAUUGUGAAGAUGAACAUUGACGAGAAGGAAAUGCGAAGGGAGAUUCAGAUUGCCAUCAGAAAUUUCCACGGUAUUAGGUAAGGGUGGAAAUUUAAAUUAAUAUGAGAUUUAUAAGCGCAAUGUCAUCAUUAUAUCCUUUCAUAUCGAAAUCCACGUCCAUUAUUAUUUAAAAUAUUUUCAGGGUUGGUCUUUUCACGCCAGACAUGGCCUUCGAAGCCAUUGUGAAGAAACAGAUCUCUCGUCUGAAGGAACCUUGCCUAAAAUGCGUUGAUCUUGUAGUAACCGAACUAGCUAGUGUAGUACGACAAUGUGCUGAGAUUGUCACCAGAUACCCACGCCUUCGUGAUGUCAUCGAAUCCACGGUGACCGGGUACAUGCGACAACAAGAAGCCAGUGCUAAAGGUCAUAUUAUGAUGAUUGUUGAUGCGGAACUAGCUUAUAUGAACACUCAUCACGAAGACUUCAACCCAACUGAAGCUAAAUCAAGCUCAGCGACGUCGAAGAAGAACCUGGGCAACCAGGUGAUCAGAAAGGGCUGGUUGUGUGUUCACAACAUUAGUUUUGUCAGAGGAUCUAAGGAUUGCUGGUUUGUCCUGACUUCCGAUACGUUGUCUUGGUAUAAGGAUGAUGAGGUGAGUAUUUUAGGUGAUAAAACUGGUAGAAGUAGGGAUUUUUGUUGAUAUUGUAGUAUAUUUUUGAAGAUCUUUAUUAGUUUUUUUUUUUUUUUUGAAUAGCUACUAGCUAGUACUAGGUUUAAUAAAAUAGCUAUUAAAGAUCAUUUUAUGUUAAGCUCACCUUGCUUUUUUCCAGGAGAAAGAAAAGAAGUACAUGCUCCAACUUGACGGCAUCAAACUGAAGGAUCUCGAAGCCGGCUUCAUGUCCCGCCAACACAAGUUCGCUCUGUUUUAUCCGGAUGGAAAGUAAGUUUCGAAAAGGUUGAGUACUAAUACUUUCAUUAUAACGUGACGCUCUGUCUUGUGGACGCAACAACACUUUUUGCAGGAGGUAGGGGUAGUCGUAGUAUAGUCGUGUGAUGUCGUAUCGUGAACCCUCAAAUGCUUAAAUUCACUUUGUUGUAGCUAUUAGCUGGUUAUAGUUCGAUAUAUGUGGUGUUUUUUGAGGUUUUGAUAGUAAUGGGUUGUUCGAAUAAUUAUGUGCCCUAUAGCCCCAAAAAUUUGCUUUGAGAGGGGGCACAGAAUUCUUUGAACAACAUAAUGUGAUUGGUGGCGUGACACUAGUUUCGCUGGGUACUAUUGUUGGACAGGGUUACUUUGGUUCUUUCAAGGACGGUUAAGAAAUAAAAAUUUUUAUUGCGUUGGGUGGGACAAGCUCAAAUUUAAAAAAAAUUUGGAUACGGCUUUUUCCCGCCUUUCAAUACUGCACACUAUCCUCUGUAAAUCAGUAUACCGUUCCAAAUAUCCUAAAAAUCGCGUCCAACCCCUUAAUUUCAGAAACAUCUACAAGGACUACAAACAACUCGAGUUGAGUGCCACUAACCUGGACGAAGUGGACGCCUGGAAGGCCUCCUUCUUGAGGGCUGGUGUCUAUCCAGAGAACAAUCAAGCCGUUCCGGAUGAGGUAAGUCGAAUGUCCGUCUAUUUCUAAUAAUCUCAUUGAAUGUUACAGCAAGAGGUCAGUUUUACACUCCCCCCAUACACAGAGAAGUUUAUUUUAAUGUUGUUUUAGUGGUGGCGGUUGAUUAAUAUUGUGAUGGUGUUUUAGUAGCUUUUAUAGAGAUUUUUGGUUGGCUAGGCUAUCUUUGAGUAGUUUUUGGUUUUACUAGAGAUAAUAAUAUGUUAACAUAGGGUGCUUUCGCUAGUCAAAAAUCAUAUAUAGAAUUUUUUUAGUGAUAUGAAGGUAAAUUUUAAGUUUGAACGGCACUUUUUCCUAUUUAUACCUAAUUUUUUCUUUAAAUUUACGUUGCACAUACAUUAAGUUGUUUGUCUGCUAAUGAAAGACUAAAUUUUGCAAUUUUCAGCCCAAUAUUUUAGUCGAAAAAUUAAUUUUUAAAGUUUUUUUCACCUAAAUUUUUCCAAAAUUUGCCAAGAACUGACAUUUCCAACCACUUUAGCUAAUAUCUUUUGCCAAACUUUAAAAUGUUUUUUCAAAAUUAACAUAUCUGUUGUAACGCUGUUGUAAUUUGGUAUAUUUUAUAUGUAGAAUGGACAGGUUCCGGAGGAAAAGAGCAUGGACCCUCAGCUGGAACGACAAGUCGAAACCAUCCGAAAUCUGGUCGAUUCCUACAUGAGAAUUGUCGUCAAAUCCAUCUGUGAUUCCGUCCCGAAAUGGAUCAUGCUUUUGAUUGUUAACAAGGUGGGUCACUGUUGUAGGUAUCCAAAUUAAAAAAAAUCAAAUCUGUAUUUAAGGAAGUUUAUUAAAAAUAAAUUUUGGCCGUCUUAAAAUUUGAAAAAUGAAAUUUUAGGUCAGUGACUUCCUUCGCGAAGAACUACCCGCCCACCUGUACCAAAGCGGUCACGACACCGAAGCCCUGAUGGAAGAAUCUCCAUUCGAAGCCCAGAAACGUCAGGAAACCAUGCGACUGUACCAAGCCUGCAAAGAGGCCCUUAAAAUCAUCCAGGACGCCAACAUUGGCGACAUGACCACUAUGGCCAUGCCCGCUAUGGGUGAUAUGCGAAUCGGAAACCCAAGCCCAGUACCAUUGGGCGGACGACCAGCACCAAUUCCACCAGGUGCCGGCUUCGGCCCUGGACCAAGCGGACGACCCGCUCCAGUACCACCACGCCCAGGAAUGGGCAUGGGACCACCACCACCGGGUGGUAGACCAAUGCCCGGGGGACCCAUGGGCCCACCACCACCCGGCCAUGCCAUGCCUCCAGGCCCCGGCGGACCUCCACAGUAAGUUUUUUAAGUUUUGGACUAUAUGAUGAACCAAAAAAUGUAAAAUUUGAUGAACAAAAUGUUUUUUUCGUAUUUUAUGACAUUCUUAAAGGUAAUUUAGAAUCUUUUUUAAAUAUUAACUUUUACUAACUACUAAAGCCAAUUAAUAAAAUCCAUUUUCUUGGGUACUUUCUGGGCAAGUUUCACCUAAUAAAGCACUACUUUCCUAUACUUUUUCUUAGUUUUUGCUUGCUAAAACAUGAUUUUUUAAGCAAAAAGGUGAUAAGUUGGAUAAAAUUGCGUUAAGAACUGGUUUGGUCAAAAAGUGAAGAGAAAAAGUUACUUUGAAAGUAAAUUUUUUAACUUUUUGGAGCUAAUACAUGCUCUUGAAAUUUUUUAAAUUUUGGGUUGAAUUUUUAUGAACUUUGGGCCGAAUUUCUACGAACUUUUGAACCAAAAUCCUACGAAUUUUUUGAUCAAACUAGUGCUCUAAAUACCAUAGCUUCUAUCGUUUAUUUUUACUCCUAGGCGUCCGCCACAAAACCAUUAG